AGGCCCUCUGGGAUCAGAAGAGAGGAGAGGCACCAGAAAGCAACUGGGAUAAGUGGCGAUCGGGGGCUAGCAAUUGGCACCCACGACAAGGGUGCAGUCUUCAGGGAACCCAGCCUCAGCCCUGACAUCCAACACCUCUGACCUUGGGUGCCAAGGUCCUGAUGCAGGCGUACUGGUUCUUCGGGGCCUUGGUGGUCCUCCAGCUCUUGGGCUUUGGCCAUGGGGCUCGAGGAGCUGCGAGGGAGUGGGAAGGAGGCUGGGGAGGAGCCUUGGAGGAGGAGCGGGAGCGGGAAGCCUUGAUGCUGAAGCAUUUACAGGAGGCCCUGGGGUUGCCGGAUGGGAGGAGGGAGGAGAAUCCUGCCUCAACUGCGGAAGGCCAAGGGACUGGGGUGACGGAGGAGGAUCAAGGGGAUGAAGAAGAGGAGGAAGCAACACAGGCUCCCCCAACCCCCAGCUCCAGCCCCUCUCCUACCCCUGAGGACACCAUCACUUAUAUCCUGGGCCGCCUGGCGGGCCUGGACGCGGGCCUGCAUCAGCUGCACGUCCGUCUGCAUGCACUGGACACCCGCGUGGUCGAGUUGACCCAGGGGCUGCGGCAGCUGCGGGAGACGACUGGCAACACCCGGGACGCCGUGGAAACCCUGCAAGAAGCGCGGGCCCGCGCCGAGCGCGAGCACGGCCGCUUGGAAGGCUGCCUGAAGGGGCUGCGCCUGGGCCACAAGUGCUUCUUUCUCUCGCGUGACUUCGAGACGCAGCCGGCGGCGCAGGCGCGGUGCGCAGCUCGGGGCGGAAGCUUGGCGCAGCCGGCGGACCGCCAGCAGAUGGACGCGUUGGCGCGGUACCUGCGCGCUGCGCUCGCGCCUUACAACUGGCCGGUGUGGCUGGGCGUGCACGACCGGCGCGCCGAAGGUCUCUACCUCUUCGAGAACGGCCAGCGCGUGUCCUUCUUCGCUUGGCACCGUGCACCCAGCCCCGAGCCGGGCGCCCGGCCCAGCGCCGCUCCGCACCCGCUCAGUCCCGACCAACCUAACGGCGGCGUGCUGGAGAACUGCGUGGCCCAGGCCUCGGACGACGGGUCCUGGUGGGAUCACGACUGCGAUCGGCGCCUCUACUUCGUCUGCGAGUUCCCCUUCUAGCGGGCCGGUUCCCGCCCUUGUGCUCCACCCCACUCCCCUCCCUCCCUGGACCCCCAAGUGUCCCCCCCCUCGGCCGGCCAGGCGCACGUGGAGGGCGGGGGGGGGGGAGCAGGACUCCCCUGGAGUUCAGUAAUGGAGAUAUAACCCUGACUGGCCUAAGUCUCUGCCCCUUCCCUCCCUCCGCCCCACCCACAAUCCAUCUGAUCUGGGAAGGAGGGAAGGAGACACCCUGCCAUCCCCUAAAGGGGAGUGCCUUUAAUCUUACCCUUACCCUUACUCUCUCUGGAGUCAUAGAACGGAGCCACAUGUGGAGGCAUAGACCUGUAAUCUUAGCUACUUGGGAGACAGUAAUUGGGAAGGUCAAAGGCCAUCCUGGGCAAAACGCUUUCAAGGCCGCAUCUCAGUUAAUAAAAACUGGAGACAUGGUAUACGUCUGUCAUCCCAGCUACUCAGGAAGCAUAACUAGGAGAUUC